ACCCAGGGUGUUCUCUCGUACUUGAAGAACAUCACGGGUGGCCAAUGCUUAUCUGGCCGUAUCGACCGAAUUGACCCGCAUAAAUCCACGGGGACACUUUUCCCUCCGCCAUCCCCGUCCGCCACGCCUUACAACGCCCACAAUCGGCGCUCGAGUUCUACCUCACUGGCCCGUCCAUGCCCCUCGGUGGCCACCCUUUUCGGUGAUGCGCUCGCGAUGUUGGAGCUUACAGAUGUUCAACCCCCGUCGCACGUGGAUGAUGGUGGUCUGGGCCUUCCUGCUGUCGCUAUGGCUCACGUCGGCGCAGGACAAGAAACAGAACAUAUGUUCUACCAUGGUUUCGAGAACUACCUUGAUCACGCCUUUCCCGAAGACGAAUUGCGCCCGUUGACCUGCGGCCCCUUGACCCGUGACGAAAAGAACAAUGAACACAACGAUGUCCUUGGAAAUUACUCCUUGACGCUCAUCGACAGCUUAUCGACGUUGGCAAUCCUGUCGUCAAGUCCGGAGAGUGGCGAUCGCGCCCUGUCGCAUUUCCAGGGCGGUGUGAAGGAGUUUGUGAGGCUCUAUGGUGAUGGAUCGGAGGGCCCUGCUGGCCAGGGUGAGAGAGCUAGAGGUUUUGAUAUCGACAGUAAAGUGCAGGUAUUUGAGAGUGUGAUUCGAGGGCUCGGCGGACUCUUAAGUUCACAUCUAUUCGCUGUCGGUGAACUACCCAUCACAGGAUAUAAUCCGCCAGAACAGGACAUCGAAUAUGCCAGCGCCUGGGACAAAAGCGGAUUCUCCAAGCAAGACCAUGGUAUUCUGUGGGAGGAUGGAUUCGUCUACGACGGGCAGUUACUUCGAUUGGCGGUUGAUCUAGCGCAUCGUCUGCUCCCUGCUUUUUAUACAGAAACCGGCCUCCCUUACCCUCGAGUGAAUCUGCGACACGGCAUUCCGUUCUACGAGAACUCUCCUCUGAAUGCCAACUCCAAGAAAAAGGAGAAGGACAAAAAGCGGAAGUACACGUACAUGAACUCUGCUGAAAUCACGGAGACAUGUAGUGCCGGCGCUGGCAGUCUCACCUUGGAAUUCACGGUUCUGAGUAGAUUGACUGGCGAUGGCCGGUAUGAGGAAUUGGCCAAAAGAGCAUUCUGGGCAGUUUGGGCUCGUCGAAGUGAGAUUGGACUCGUCGGAUUUGGGAUCGAUGCAGAAUCGGGGAAAUGGGUUGGACCCUAUUCGGGAAUUGGUGCUGGGAUUGAUAGCUUCUUUGAAUAUGCAGUCAAAUCACACGUUCUCCUUUCCGAGGGAGAGCGCCCACCUUUUGACAAUUCCAGCCCUUGGAGUCUGCUGGAUGAUCAUUACCUCCCUUUGACAGAAUACCAACACUCUGCAGACGCCUUUCUUCAGGUUUGGGAAGAUUCCCAUACCUCGAUCAAUCGUCAUUUGUACCGUGGGGAGGGGUACCAGCACCCUCAUCUAGUCGUUGGAGAUGUCUCCACCGGCGCGACGCGGGCCUUUUGGAUCGACAGCUUGAGUGCAUACUAUCCUGGUCUGCUUGCCUUGGACGGCAAGGUAGACGAAGCAAUUCAAAUCCAUCUCCUCACCACUGCUGUCUGGACGCGCUUCUCGGCUCUUCCCGAGCGGUGGAAUGUGGCCACAGGUGACAUUGACGGUGGUCUCGCCUGGUAUGGAGGUCGACCUGAAUUCAUUGAAUCGACCUACUACAUCUACCGGUCUACACAAGACCCCUGGUACCUGCAUGUUGGAGAAAUGGUUCUUCGCGACAUUAAGAGGCGCUGUUGGACCCAAUGCGGAUGGGCAGGUCUCCGAAAUGUCCAAACUGGCGAGAUGAUCGAUCGCAUGGAGAGCUUCUUCUUGGGUGAAACGGCCAAGUACAUGUUUCUCCUUUUCACCCCUGAUCACCCAUUAAACAAGAUCGAUGCGCCAUGGGUUUUCAACACUGAAGGCCACCCCUUAAUCAUUCCGAAGAAAACAUCUACCCCGAGGCAGUCCUCCCGCCAGACGCAACAAUGGUCUUCUGAAAAUCCCCCUCAGGAUACCUGUCAAGCAAUCACCUCGCCUAUCUUCGGUGGUGUGUCUUUUACAGCCUCUCGGCCAGACAUAUUCCAUGCUGCGAGUCUGGCACGCCUGCACCUUCGACCUCAUCGUGGAGCAUCCGAGGGUCCUAUCCUAGGGAAAUCGUCCGAGCACCAGAGUGUGUCUGUUUCCGAUUUAUCGUCACCAACAAACUAUACCUUCUACCCUUGGACGCUCCCCCCGCAACUCGUUCCAUUCGACGCAGUCAGUGCACCAAUGGCCGUCCGUCCCACAUUGGACAUCUCAUUCCCAUCCCUUCCCGGUGGAGUCAACUUGGGCCCUGGGGCGCUGGAACGGGUGCGAGACGGUAUCCUAGUCAAAACAAUCGGAGGACUCCGCUUGAGCAUGGUGCAGGACGUCUCUCUUGGCCACGGGAACGAAGAUGGAUACCGGGUGCAAGUGAUCAACAAUGUGCCAUUAGGAAAGGAUGAGAAGGUAUACAUCUCUCGCCAGGUCACCUUUGAUGUCGUUGAUCCCUAUGAUCCAAACUUCACCCGGGUCCGCGACACAGCCAUGCUAGACCUCGUCAUUGACGUUCUGCCAGACACCUCUCGCCAGCGCAAUGCUUCAACUACUCCAGGAGAUGAACCACCUGCAGCAGAGCAUUCAUCAAGCGAAGAAGCUUCCGAGCUCAACCUCGGCCGUCACAAGCCCGCCCCCGCCGUCAUCGACGACGAAAGCCCAGUCGACUCCCCCGAGUCCACAAUGAGAAGCAUGCUCUCCAACUUCGUCAACUCAGUCUCGGCCCUCCUCCGCGAUGACUCCUCCCCCGAAGAAGACGACCCAUCCACACCCCUCCGCCUCAUUCUCCCCGCCACCCUCCCCACCGGCAUCGGCGCCGCACCCCUCCCAGACGUCGAAGACGCAAUCACAACCUCCCUCUUCAGCAAACCCUCCAAAGACCACCUGACCUGGUCAACAAUCUACUUCGCCAACGAACUCUGCGACGACCGCAUCCUCCGCUCCAUCGCCCAAACCCACGAAGUCCUUGUCCUCAAACGCGGCGGCUGCACCUUCUCGCAAAAACUGCGCAACAUAGCCGCAUUCCGGCCCGCACGCACAGCACUAAAACUAGUCAUCGUCGUCUCCUCAGACGAAUCCGACUUCGAAUCCGGUUCGCCCAGCUCUCCGCAAGAAAAUAUCGAAAGGGGCUCUGCGCCGCUGGCAGCCCUGCGCGCCGAGUCUUCUCUCAUCAGACCCCAUCUGGACGAGAGCCAGGUUUCAGCCAGCGGCAUUCCGCGCAAUCACCUCGUCAGCUUGGUCAUGGUUGGCGGCGGCGAUGAGACGUAUGCGCUUUUGCAGUCUUCGACGGGUAUUGGGAUUAAGAGGAGGUAUACCAUGCGCUCGCAGGGUGUUCCUAUCACAAAUCUGCACAUAAUUUGA